AGCAAAAUUUGUGUACAUGUUUCCUAUUAUGAUAAUAAUGCGCUGAUAAAUGAGAUCAGCGUGAGAAGUAUGAACUGAUAACUAUUUUUUCGGUUAGAUAUCAAGACUUCAUGCAGUGUGUACAAAUAUACAACUCAGUGCCAAUUAAGUGUCCCUCAGGAAAAUGAUGUUGCUGUGCCACAGAAAUGCAUUUCUUAAUCCUUCGAUGUAAAAUUAUUAUAAACUUCUGUGCAUAUGGAUCAAGUUUCUAUGAAGUUCAUAUCGUCAACGAAUUCAACCCACUGGUUUUGUUGAACAACUUUAUGAUAUAAGGUGACGUGUGAGUGGAUUUCAUCCAAGCUUGAUUUAAUUUAAACUUCGGUAUUGAAUACAAGAAGUUUUCGAACGCGCGCGUCCUCCUUAACGAUCGCUUUAACAAUAAUUAAACAAUAUCAUUGUUUUUUUUUAUCAUCUCAUUAUCUUUUGCUCAGCUCAUUAUCAUCUGCUCAAUAGCACAAUUUCUCACCGCGGGUACUAAUUUUCAACACCGCAAUCGAUCGAAAUUCAACUCCUAUACCGUCCCCCAAAAUGGACUCAACGGUCACCCAGAGCCCAACCCGUGAGUUUGUAUCGACGGGUUCACGGGCCCAUCAGCUGGCCCAGAUGCGGGUACCUCACUCAGGUCCAAGUGGCUGCGACGGGGGAAAAAUAGUAAAUUCACCCGCCGUGACCCCCGUCACACCUCUGGCCAUUUCCACCCCCUCGUUCUACACGCUAGCAAGCCACUCGUGUCUGCAAAAUGAGUGCGUGUAUCAAGACCUGCAGCUGGCAGCGGAGCUCGGCAAGACGCUGCUGGAGCACAACAGGAGCCUCGAGACGACCGUGAAGCAGCAGCAAGCUCUGCUCGAUGACAGGCUUCAAGAAAUUCAGUACCUGAACCGUCAGACGGCGGCUCUGCGCGUGGUGAACGACACGCGUCUCACGGUGUACGAGAAGCUCGAGGUGUCCAUGCAGGAGUUCGAGAAGGACAACGCCAGGCUCGCCAUGCAAGCGGCCCAUGACCGCCGCACUAUUAAAAGCCUGCAGAGUACCAUCGAGAGCCUGCAGACCGCCAUGGAGGGGCUGGAGGCCCGCAACCUGGAGCUGCAGCGGUCCGUAGACGAGGCCAGGACCGCCGGUCUCACCGCCGCGCGUGGGAGGCUCAAGAGGCGCGUGGAGGAUGGCCUCUUUAGGCGCUCGAUGUCGUGCGAGAACUCCAACCAGGACGAGCGUUCUAGCGGCGACGAAGAAGGGGACGACGUCACGGAGCAGCUGGCCGCGCAACUCAAGGAACUCAGAGCCAAACUGGACGCGGAGACUCGCAAGCGCGACGAGGUUGAGACCGAACUAUACGCGCUCGCCAAGGAGCACGAUGCUGUCUUGCAGCAAGUCGCUGAGUUGCAGGAGCGGCAGGCGGUUCCUGCAACGCUGCGGCAGGAGUUGGAUGCGCUGGACGAGGACAGGGAGGAUGAUGCCAAGCAUCGCGUGUGUCGCAAGUGUUUGUGCAACGGCGGUGACGUGUCGACGAGCCCGACGGUGUUCGACGAGAGCAUCGAGGACGACUACUCAAUGACGAGCGACCGCGGCGGCUGCCUCGUUAGACUUGCUAACGGCGUCCUGGCGUACGGCAGUCAGGAGUCGCUGGCGUCGAUGGGUCAAGUAAUGAGUCACGGGAACUCGACCAUGACGUCGCCCCUCACUGAUGGCAGCGAAGUGCCCCACAACUCCCUCCUGUCGGAGCUGGACGCGCAGUACCAGCUACUCAUCGACAAGUAUCAAGAGCUUCUGAAAGCGGGUGAUGAGAGGGACCGCGCCGAGAUGAUGAAGGCCCAACAUGACGCUGAGAACGGCGUGUAUAUCACCUCCGAGGCCGAGGAUAUGUCAGGACCCAUGAGCAUGGUUCUACCCGGCAAUGGUACUAACGAGGAUGUGCUACGAAAAUGUCAACGAUGUUCCAAAUGUUCAUGUGGCAUCACUGGUACUACCCAUAGACCAAAAAGUAAUUUAGAAGAGUUUUCUGAAGUGGAAACUUCGUCUAGUGGCUUCUCGGAAGGUGAAAGUCGACUUAGUAACAAGACUACCCAGACUGAACUAACGCAUCUGAAUCGGAUGGAUGAGUUGACGCCAAUCGUUGAGGUACACGAAAUGGAUACCAUUUUAGACCUGACUUCGCCCAUCAAUCCCUGCGAGAACAGAUUCCAAGCCGCACCCAAUUUUAAGGAGUUGUUCAACGAGAUAUUCACAGUCCUGAAAAAGAAUGAAAAUGUUUCAGACGGUGAACAUCUCGUUUCGUCUCCGGAGCGGGCUACGGCUGAGGAACCUUGCGAAUCCUCGAAAGUCUGUGACUCAACUGGCAAUGAUGAUGAAGUAUCUACCACAAUGAGUGGGUCCACAGCUGUGGGUGACCCAGAGGCGGAUGAGUCCGUGCUGCAAACAUUGUCCGGAAACGACGAAAACUCGAGUUUUACUACUGCUUCCACCGAGUGCUUGAAUCCGAAGGAUAAUAGUGACGAGACUUCGCAUUUGACAGGCAAACUUGCGCGUCCUAAUUCCCUGGAUUUAAGCAAUACUUCCUCAAGUUCGCGUUCAUCAAGCAAGCAACGGAGACGGAAACGCCAGCAGCCCAAAAGUAAAGCUGAAUUAGCGCUGCUAAAACAAAAUGAGCUGAACUCUGCCAACGCAGUGAGGUCUGUGGCAUCGACUUCGGUGUCUCCCAAAAAGAAAGCAAAUUCGCGUCCUGAAAAGGAGCUCAAGUCGCAGCUAAACGAACGAGAACCACCGCCAAAAAUUAUUGGGUCUAAGGUGGAUCUGAUGGAUCUGUGCGAGCGCCACCGGCAGCUCCAAAACAAACGCAAGAACAAGAGAAAUCGUUCCCGCAACAGCAGCAAAUCCCGAACUCAUGUCAAAAUUACCUCCCUUGAUGAACUCGGCAACAUUCCAUCUCAAAGUUCAUUUGGUGGCGAGGCUCUAAGACAGAGACCUUCGAGCGGCGUUUACACGAGUCACUUUCAGAGACUUCAGCACAAGUUCGGCGAAGUAAACCCUGAGUCACGGCCAAACAAGAUGAACUUUUCGGUCGCCCCGAGCCCCAAAAAGGCGGCUCCUCAGCCAAAAAUCUGCCUGCCCAGCGCAGAGUUAGCAAAAUUUCGGAAACUAGAAGCGAGCUACGCGCAAGUACUCAAAGCUCAGAUAGAGCGAGCUGCUAACAGGAGAAAAUAAGGGAUUCUUUCAGUUCCUCAGUUUUUAUGUAGUAAUAAAGAGUAAGUGGAUUUUGUCGUUGCUGCUGGGUUACCUAAUGUUUUACCUAUUUACCCAUUUGACAAGAUUUUGCGACCGUGAAUGGCUCUCUAAUUUAUUGCUUAGUCAAUCCUGUACUGAUGAUGUUUAUGAAUUGUUGAGUAACUCGUCAUGGAUGCCACGGAAAAUUCUGCGGAAAUUGUGUCUUCUGAGAAGAUUUGACAGAAGCCUUUGGUUAAAAGAUUUUUUGUCAGUGUUUUUGUUUCCAUUUUGGGCAAACUUUCAUUUGGCAGAAAUGUUCAGAAUAUUAUUGUAAAGAGGAGAGCCGUAUUGAACGACUCAUUGUUUCUCAGCUCAAUAUUCGGAUACUAACAUUCAUCCAUUCAAUAUUUUUUUUAUUUUUUGGUCAGUGAAUUCAUGUUUCUAGAUAACAUUUUUAGUUGUUUAUGUUCAUAUUUACCGAGGCAAAAUUUUUCAGGAAUACCAGGUUCUCGCUAUGGUCUUGAGAUCAGAAAGGACUGGAGAGAGAAAAUGGUUUUAAAUUCAUUUGUAUCGAAAAUCCAGUGUAUAUAACUACCUGUGUUAUUUGUAUAUUUGCAUAUGUGUAUAGUUUGUAGCCUAAGUUCGUUGAUUCAUGCCUGCUUUUAGUUCAUGUUUCACAGAAUAGCCUAGGGAUGCUUUACUGUAUUACUAAGAAAUUCUUUUCAAAAUUAGCUAGGUAUGCUUUUCAGAAUCACCCAAGAUAUUUUUCGUUCAUAUAUUCUGCGGACUCGCUGAGCUUUUGUGUUUUUUCCGGAAAAAGUCUGGUUUUCCUUCAAUGGGAGCCAAUCGAGAUCUUUUUCAACUGUGCAAGAUCAAGGCACAUUUUUGUUUGUAAGGAUCAGUUGAGGUUCUACUGUGAAGGAGAUCGGCUGAAAUGUCAUCAAGUUUAAAGAUGUUCCUGCCUUACAUGGAAUUAAAAUUCCCUAGACAGGAAAGUCUUUAGAAUUACUUCAGCCCAUCUCUUAGCUUAACCGAAGACCUUUCCUCAUAGUCAAUAUUUCUCCAGUAUCUCCAAUCGUCUCCAUUUAAUUCGUACUUCGAGUCGUACUUAAGAUUUUUAGUUAAUUUUUAGGGAGCUGUUCAUCUUAACGUGGCUGUUAAUCAACUUUGUCAUAUUUAGCUUGCGUUGAGAGCGUCACGGAUUUUUUGCUAUAUCUGCAGGAAUUUUUUCUUCAUUUACAGAAAUUUCAUCUACAUUUUCAGUAGUUUUUCUGUGUCCGUCUCAGGAAAAACUUCUUCGUGCAUGUUUAAUCAUUUUUCUAACUGCUUCUGUUCAAAAUAUGGAACUGUCGUAACGUUCGUUGUCUGGGCAAAAUUCUUUAAACCAGCUUAGUUUUUUUUAUUUCAUUGACAGAAAAUAAUGUUGAAUGAAAUUACCACCCUUGUUUAAAUAAUGGUUAAAUGAAAUCUGGUUUGUUCAAGCAAAUAUACUCUAGAUUUUAUUGCUGUGCCAUAAAUAAUUUUCACGGAGAUUCUUGUCAACGCCAGGUCAAGAACAACGCUUUUAGAAUUAAAUUUGCUUUAAUUGGUUAAUAUUAAUUUUUAAUUAA